AACCAACCCGCGAGGUUAAACGUGUCACCGCCAUGUAACAUGUUCCAUGUCCCGUACAGAGAGAUGUGAGAAAGGCACAUGUACGGACGUUUCUACGGCAUACUUGUACAUUGAUUGUUUGUCUACUGUAGCAAAUAAGGUUGUGUUACGGUGACGUUUGUUGCUCUCUAUCAUGCCGAAUGUACAUAUACUGUAUUAGACUGUGUGCAACCAGGCCAGCUGUAAUGUGCCUAUUCCUGCUUACAUUGUGAAACUACGUCAUCUGAGGGAAUAUCACACAGGUGACAACAGACGGGGGAUAAAACACAGGUGAAGCAGUCAUCCACCGCCAUGGCAUUGAAGAUGGGAUCCGCGACUCGGGCUAAGCAAUCCGUGAGUAAAGAUGAAGCACAACAAGAAGGCCACGACAAGGAAAAAAGACAGCUAUUAUUAAAACGAUUUGAAAAGGUACUGCAGAACACUAAAGGUGUUAAGUUAGGGGAUGAAGCCGUGAAAAGGUUGUUGCUGGAAAAUGGAACAGAUGAUCUGUCAAACCGUAAAAGUACUACGACGAAUAAAAAAAAACGCGGGCGUAAGUUGUUGGUUGCUGCUGCAGUUGUCCCAUUACUGCUUCUCCUCGCUUUGCUUCUCGAUGUGGAACUUUCUCCGUCAGGUGUUAUGAAAGAGUUCAAGGAAACUCCGUGUCUGGUGGACAACAACGCCAUAGUGAUGGAGAUCUCACGCCCCCUGGUGGAGUGUGGGGCCUGCUCUAACCUCCGUCAGGUACCCGUCGAGACGAAUCUGACUACAAAAGACUUUAUAGAGAAAUACGCCUACUCGGGAGUGCCGGUUCUGGUGAAGGGGGCAACAACAACAUGGUCUGCCAUGUCUGUAUUCAGCUACCAGUACUUCAAAGAGUUGUAUCAGUCAAGAGAGAACGCACUGGACGACGUGGAAGAGGACUGUCAGUUCUUCCCCUACAAAACCGAGUUCGCGACUCUAAAGGAAGUGUUUGAUAUGGAUGAAGACCGGGCAAACCUCAAGCAGGGGCAACCUAACUGGUAUAUCGGGUGGAGUAACUGCCACCCGGACACUGGAGCGGAACUGAGAAAACACUACAGUAAACCUUACUUCCUGCCGGAAGACUCGGAAACCAGCGUCAUUGAUUGGAUGUUCAUGGGAGGUUCCGGCGAAGGCGCCAAUUUACAUUUGGAUUACGUCCAGCGGCCGAGUUGGCAAGCGCAGAUCUCUGGCCGUAAAUCCUGGGCCCUUGUACCAGCCCCAGAGUGCGAGUCCGUGUGUCACAGCCUGAACGUCACAGUGGAGAAAGGGGAUAUAAUUGUCGUUGACACGAACACUUGGUACCAUUCAACAUUUGUUCAUCCAGGAGAGAUAAGCAUCACCAUUGGAUCAGAGUACGACUAGGAUACCACACGAGAUACCGUCCUUACUGUGUUGAACUUUCGUCUUUGCAGGAGUUAUGUUUUCAGUGUAUAAACGCUUGUUGUGACGUCACUCUAUUGAGAAAAGCGUAAUUUACUAAGUCAGGAAAAUACGGCAGCCGUAUAUUCAUAUAUUCGUCUGGCAGAUUAGAUAAUACAUGUAAUAAUUUCUUCGUGUAAAAAGAACAAAACAGUGUCCCACUUUUAACCUGGGUAGGCACUCCAUUACUUACAUGUCUGCUGUGACGUCACGCUAGUGUUUGCGCAGUUGAUUAUUUUUCACUAAUCCACGUUUGCGAGUUUGUGAUUUGAGUGGUGAUGGUUGACGGCUUGUACCACCUGAGUGCGCCUUCGACUGAUAUAAGGUACAGCGGGAUUCGAACUCACGUACACAAGGUUUUAAAGCAUUCCAUUAUCCCACUAAGCUAUCUGGAAAGACUAUGUAAUCUUCUCCUUUUUUGACGAAUUUAAACGUUUGUUGUGACGUCAAUCCUUUGUCUAACCAAUCAUGAGAAUGUUAUAUAUGAAGGGUUCAUUUCAUAUAUCAAUGUGAAAUUCAUUUUUUAACAGUUUCAUUCUCCGCCUUCUUUUCAAAUACACCAAAUGCUGCCAGUGUCAGAAAAA